CCAGGCGUUCUGUGAUUGGCGGACCUGACCGGCAAGGGGCGGCGCGAGUGUGACGUCAUCCGCACGCGACUCACAGCGUGUGCGCUGAAGGACAGACAGAGAAGGUUUAGAUCGAUGUUUUGAGAGAACGAAGACAAACAUCGCGAGUGUGUUUGAUGAUGAGCGUCGGUCUGCUGUCAUGCGCACUGCGGGCUCUGUCUCUGGGUUCCUCCCAGGUCGCAGGUGUUCCGGUCGCAUCCGCUGUUUCCGCUGCUCUGACCAGAAGUCGCGGCUUCAUGACGAGCGCGUGUGACCUGCAGAACCGGACCCUGUGGAAACAGAGGGAGAAAUACACCGUGCGGCCGAUCGGCAUGAAGAAGACCGGAGGACGGGACCACACCGGUAGAAUCAUCACUCAGCGGAUCGGCGGCGGACACAAGCAGCGCUACCGCAUGAUCGACUUCCAGCGGCUGCGCUACGAGUCGGGGAAAGAGGAGCAUCCCUUCCAGGAGAAGGUCGUGGAGGUCAGAUACGACCCCUGCAGAUCGGCCGACAUCGCUCUGGUGGCCGGAGGAAGCCGGAAGCGCUGGAUCAUCGCCACGGAGAACAUGGAGGCGGGAGACCUGAUCCAGACGUCUGGCGUGAUCGGGCGCAUGGCGGUCCUGGCCAGAGAGGGAGACUCGCACCCGCUGGGCGCUCUUCCGGUCGGCACGCUGGUCAAUAACCUGGAGCUGUUCCCUGGGAAGGGAGCGCAGUACAUCCGAGCAGCAGGAACGUGUGGAGUACUGCUGAGGAAAGUCAACGGCACCGCCAUCGUCCAGCUCCCGUCCAAACACCAGAUCCAGGUCCUGGAGAGGUGUAUGGUGACGGUCGGCCGGGUGUCUAACGUGGAUCACAACAAGCGUGUGAUCGGGAAGGCGGGCAGGAACCGCUGGCUGGGCAUCCGACCGUCCAGUGGCCUGUGGCAGAGGAAGGGAGGCUGGGCCGGACGCAAGAUCAGACCGCUGCCGCCCAUGAAGAGCUUCGUCAACCUCCCGUCUGCGUCCGCCAGGUCGUGAAGGAGGAGACUUCAUCAUCAUCAUCAUCAUCAUCAUCAUCUCUCACACAUCACAGACUCCUUCACCGGUGCAUAAAAACCUUUAUUAAACACAGCUGUACGUGAAAGCCUGAAAGAAGCAGCUCUAUAAAAUGCCGUUACGUUCUCCAGAUGUAAAACAUGCAGAGGUACAACAUUAAAAAGUGUCACACGGUUUAAAAAAUGA